AUGACUGCACAGGAAGAAUCUGAAAGAACUCUGGUUAACAUACCCCGGAAAAUCCCCAGCGAUGACUUCAAUCUUACUGAUAUAUCAACAACAGAGGCAAUUCACAUCUUAGUGCAAACGGUGAAUGAUUUAAUUUUCUAUAAAAAUAUUCGUGAAUGUGAAAUAGAGCGACAGAAAUUGAAGAUUCAAGAGGAGCAACAAAAAGAACAAAUGCAAGCUUUAAAAGAUGAUGAACAGAGCGCAACUCCAUCAGCACCCAAUAGAAAUCUCAUGGGCCUCAAAACUAAUGGGACAGUAUAUUAUCAUUCUGAUGUAUCUGGGUCUUCAACAUUUUCAAACACAGAUUCCAAUAGUAAUAACAAUAGUGAUUCCUCGAAUGAUUUGCUAUCUAAAUCACCUUCAUCAACGCCGGUAGAUCAGUACAAGUUUUUACUGGAAAAUUACACCGAUAUAAAUUUCAAAAGACAAAAACGACGAUACGAUCUUGAUGACCAUUUGAAAGCCCAAGAUAAUGAAGAAUCACAGUUGAAGAUUUCGAUUCCAGAGAAGUCGGACAAAAAGAUUGCGAAAAAUAUCGUUCAAGGAGAGGAAGAAGAACACGAGGGAGGGAAAGAAGAGCCAAAAGAUAAUAAUUUCAACAAAAGUCAAACUCGUCAACUUUUUAGGAAGUUCAACUUGAAGUCUAAACCUAAAAUCUCUAUUAUGGAUUAUGUUGUGAGGUUGCAAAAAUAUUUAAAGUUUGGUAAUACUGUGAUGAUUGUUGCUUCCUAUUAUAUUUAUAAUUUGAUUUAUUUCUAUCAUGGAGAGGAAGAUACCAAGAAAGAGAUUGGUAAGAAAGAUAUGUGUGAUAACACCAAAAAUGUUAACACUGGUGCUGAAUCAAGCGAUACGAGAAAUAUGACUGUUCAAAAUGAUAAGGACGCAGUACCCAUCGACAUACCAUAUUUGAACGCGGAAAUUGAUGCUGAAUCUUAUCUUUCGCUUACAGAAUUGAAUUCCUAUCGUAUAGUCUUGACCACGCUCCGGAUUGCCACUAAACUCAUUGAAGACUUAAAUUUCUCAUCGAAAUUUUUCGCUCAAAUUUGCGGAAUCAAGGUUGGUGAAUUAAAUAAAAUGGAAACAGUGAUGUUGUUUUUGUUAGAUUUUGAUUUAAAAGUUGAUAAUGAAAGAUUAUUAAGUCAUUUGAAACGAAUUAGAAAGUUACAGGGGUUUGCGGUAAGAGAGAAAGAGAAACAAAAGCAAAAGACAACUGAUGAAACUGAAGGUGGAGCAAAAAUUUGA